GUCGACAAUCGAUAAUCAAGUCACGUGACGCCUCCGAGCGUCGGCGACAGGGCACGAAGUGCCGUUUUAUAUUCGCACCCGUGCCCUUCAAAUGACACUACUCCGUUAGUAACUGCAGCGAACGGAUCUGGUUUUUUGGUACGCGUUGCAAUCAAGACGACGACAUGAGCAAAAUCGGAAUCAACGGAUUUGGCCGUAUUGGCCGUCUCGUGCUGAGGGCUUCCCUGGAGCGUGGUGGUCAGGUCGUCGCCAUCAAUGAUCCCUUCAUCGGUCUCGACUACAUGGUCUACAUGUUCAAGUAUGACUCCACCCAUGGCAGGUUCAAGGGAGAAGUCAGGGCUGAGGGUAACUGCCUUGUUGUAAACGGAACCAAGAUCUCAGUCUUCAGCGAGCGCGAGCCGAAGGCGAUCCCGUGGGCGAAGGUUGGCGCCGAGUACGUCGUCGAGUCGACCGGUGUGUUCACGACCAUCGAGAAAGCAUCCGCUCACUUGGAAGGCGGCGCCAAGAAAGUCAUCAUCUCCGCUCCGUCAGCUGAUGCACCAAUGUUCGUCGUUGGCGUCAACUUGGAGGCUUAUGAUCCGAGCUACAAGGUCGUCUCUAACGCCUCGUGCACCACCAACUGUUUGGCUCCUCUCGCCAAGGUGAUUCACGACAAUUUCGAGAUCAUAGAAGGUCUCAUGACGACCGUACACGCGAUUACAGCUACUCAGAAAACCGUUGAUGGACCUUCCGGCAAGCUGUGGCGUGACGGCCGUGGCGCAGCACAAAAUAUUAUUCCCGCUGCAACUGGAGCUGCCAAGGCAGUUGGCAAGGUCAUUCCCGCCCUCAAUGGAAAGCUCACUGGCAUGGCCUUCCGUGUACCCGUGCAUAACGUAUCCGUGGUCGACUUGACUGUUCGUCUCGGCAAACCUGCCUCUUACGAUGCUAUCAAAGCAAAAGUGAAGGAGGCUGCUGAUGGUCCUUUGAAGGGUAUCUUGGCCUACACCGAGGAUGACGUUGUCUCGUCCGAUUUCAUCGGCGACAACCAUUCCAGCAUCUUCGACGCCAAGGCCGGCAUACCUCUAAACGACAACUUCGUAAAACUGAUCUCGUGGUACGACAACGAGUUUGGUUACUCUAGCCGAGUCAUCGACUUGAUCAAGUUUAUGCAGAGCAAGGACAACUAAGUAGUAUCCAAAAGUCGAUUGUACAGCCGUGUCCUCCUAUAGCUCCGGUCUUGCCGUCCGGCAGUCGCCGUAUGGGGCAUAUCACUGUAAAAAGAGUUGGUGUAAGAAACACUCUCUGUAUUAAUUGGCGUCAUUAUUAACUUGUAGCAGAGAUCCGGAGUAUAAAGCCAAAGGAUGUCAGCGUACAUUCUUUCUCACGCAGUUAAUAGAAUUCUAGAUAAAACGGUAAUAUCUUUUCGCUGAUUGAAAUACAAAGCAAAACAGGCUCUAUUUAGUGUGUUCAUAUCUAAAAAUCUACAUAUUUGUCUUGUUACUAUUAGAGUCGAGUUUGCCAAUAAAACAAAUGUGUAAAUGCGAAUAUUCUAACUUAAAUGUUACUCAGUAGAGCCUGUGUAAUUGCGAAGUUUGUCUUACGUAAAAUCAGAAGUGUAUGAUAAUAAGAUUCAGUUCAAUUCUGUUGUACUAAAUUUAUUAUGAAGCGCGAUUUUAUUCAUCGAAUUUCACAGUCACAAUCACCACAUGUACGGUUUUAUUGGACUUACAUCCUAUUGUACUUGUAUAGAAUUGCAAUUGCAAUAUACUCAACUUUCAUCAUUCAUCCAUUCAUAUUCAAAAGAUGUGUUACAAGUAUUUGUAAUUUUUUUCUUCUGCAUAUUACUAUUAUUUUUCCAUUCACACAAUGACACCAAUAAAAAUUGUUAUGAAACUAAAAA